CUACUACCGUACCUGAGACAUGGCAGCGGCCAGCAAACAGCAGCUGCUUCCAACUCACCACACCAGAGCUGAGGCACGGGAUCCAACGCUGAGCUGAAACUCACAUCUAUGUUUACAAGAAGACGUGCCAACACCUGAUCGUUCUCCACACAGCCCUCAGUUCAUCAGGUUUCACUGCUGAGGGUUUUUCUAAAGCAAGCUUCAUGUUGGGACGACGCAAAUGUUGACCUGAACCUCUUCUUUUCAUUUGUGUGCUUCCAGCCGCAUAUUACAUCAAUGCCUCGAUGGAAAACGUUGUUCAGUCAACACUUGCGAAGGUCCAACACCGUCACUCAAGCCCUGGUCCUGUCCGUCAUCACGUUUUGCGUCAUCCUCCCUUUGUGCUGCCAUCGCCUGCUUUACUCUUACUACUUCAUCAAGACUAUGUACCUGGACUCCAUGAGUGAGGAGGUCCUGCACGAAGGCCUUGUCCGAGGCCAGGACGCGCUUCAGUUCUGGCAGAGCACUUCCACCACAGCAUCGUCCAGGUUCAGCGACAUCGCCCAGAACCCCGAGCUGCUGGUUAUCGUAGUUUCAGUGCAACGAAAUGAGGGGCGGGACUUCCACUACCUGCUGCAGGUGAUGCAACAGAUAAGCGGCCUUCUGGAAAGCUGUGGAUCGCAGCGGUGUGCAGAGGUGUUGGUCUGCGACGUGGAAAGCGGUCCACAGGAAAACCAAGAUGCCAAGAUUCUCGAGGACUACUUCAAGGUGAUCCGGCGUUCCCCUCUGGAGAAGCGGAGGAACAGGGAUUCAGUCAACACCUUCGAGAGGGAGAAGAGGGAUUACGUGUUUUGUCUCCGCAAGGGAUGGGAGCUGGUGCAGCCCAAGAACAUAGUGGUCCUGGAGGACGACGCUUUGCCCAAACAGGACUUCUUCACCGUCGUAAAGCACCUGCUGUCCCGUACGUUUGCCUUCCAGACUCUCUACGUGAAGCUGUAUCACCCGGAGAGGCUGCAGCGAUACUGGAACCCCGAGCCUUACCGCAUCCUGGAGUGGGUUGGACUCGGACUUGUUGGAGCGACGGCUCUUCUCCUCAGCUUUUCUUACUGGAACCCCUGCUCCUUCUCCUUCACGCUGUCGGUCACCCAUCUCCUCUUCUUCACCCUCUACUUCAUGGCUGCCAUAGAGCUUCUGGGGCGGCACUACCUGCUGGAGGUUCGGAGGUUUUCCCCGCAGCUCUACGCCGUCUCCCCGGCCACAGAGUGCUGCACGCCGGCCAUGCUCUUCCCCGGAAACUCCUCGCUCAGGGCGGCGGAGUAUCUGGACGGCUCGUUCUGCGUCAAGGGGAACGCCAAAGACAUUGUUCUGUAUCAGAUGGCGAGGACGAUCCCCGGGGAAAGGGCUCACAGCGUGGAGCCCAACCUCAUCACCCACAUCGGGGCCUUUUCCUCGGUCAGGGGCAACCCAUUAAAGCCCAGACUGCUGUGAAAAUGGAGGCUGGAUUUCAUCAGGUUUCUCCUAACUUGGUUCUACUUUUCCUUUCUGCUGUGUCUCCUGCCAGACUCUUCAUACAUUCGAAAACAACGCUCAGAGAAUAUUGGUUUUGUGAUUUGCAGGUGGGAAGUCAACAAGGCUCCAGGAGGGAAAAUGGGCUAUGUUUGAUUUGGUUUUGAUUUGGUUGGUAUGUUUGGUAUUUUUAGAUGUGAAGGUUGCAAUUCACGGCUUGUGAAGUUGAUACACGUACAAAUGUGUUCACCAGCAAAUCACAUAAACCACUUCAACUGAGCUUUGUUUACAAUUAGAGAUCAAUCAUCAUAUCAUCACUGCUGGAAAUCUUCUUUAAUCACUUUUCUGUCCUUCAGGUUUAGUGUUCAGGUGAGGGUCUAAAUGUGUAUCUACUGCCUGGGGUCAUGAACUAUUUAAAAAAACAAAAAAUAAUAAUUAUGAGAUGCUGUCUGUUUCCACCAUGAUCGUCAUCCUCCUAAAACAAGCCUUUAAGAGCAUAAAGAUAGAAUUGCUUACCACGUUUCAUGGAUAUGAUGGAAAUGGUGUGAUUUAUUAAAGGAUUCAUUCACUGUUUGUACACCCAAACCUUUUUAAAACUAAGGUUGGUGGACAAUAGCAUUUCAUAACUUAUAGAAUUGUUGGACAUCAAUCAAAAUACUUUAUUAAUCCCACGGGGAAAUUUCGUUUUUUGACAGUUGCACUACCAUUGAACAAAAAAAAACAUAUUUAUACUAACAUAAGUUGAAUUAAAAAUGUGCAAUAAGUCCUUUGGUGCAAUAUUUAUAGUUUAACUUUGUAUGGCUUUUCAGAUUGAGUCGACCAUAUGAUAUCGUGUGCAGACCGCGGCUCAUUUACUACUGUUUUGACAAACACUUGUGUUGCUGGAUAUACUAACUAAAUGGAUGCUGGGUAUGUUGCAUAAAUGCUGGAUAUAGGAAUGUUAAAUGGUUGCUGGAUCUACUAACUGUGUUCACACCAAACAAGAAGCCACAUUUUUGCUCGCAAUUACACACAAAGUCAAUGCAAUAGACACGUUGGUGAAUGGCGCGGUUUGCUCAGGACACGAGGAAGUGCAAUGUGGAGUGUGAAUUUUAUAUGGGUGGUUCUCAAGAAAACUACAAGUACCACAGGCCAGCAUUUAACAGUUUUAGAAUAGGCUUGUUUUUCAUUCGCACUAGUUGAUCUAAGGGUAAAAAGAGUUAGGAGAGAUGUCGUUUUCGAUGUUAGCAUCCGAGCUUCACAGGUCAUAACCAUAUCAGAAGUUUAUUGUGAGUUUUAUUUUGUAAAACUAACUUUUCUCACUGGUUUUAAACAUCCCUGAGUGAUUACCAAUCAGACAUUCAAACACCACAUCAGCCUACUUUUCAGAAAUCUGGAAACAUGCAGUUAAUCUUUCUUAGAACAGGUUAAGUUGACUUUGCAGUCAGCUACGUCAUGUUUGGAAUCGGGAAGUUGUAUUUAAAAAAAACAAAAACAAUGAACAAAUCUUUUAGGAGAUAAAUGUAAGGAAGAAAGGUUGCAUGCCUUAGCAGUCUUUCUUAUCCAGGAUUCACUGAUAGAAUCUUAAUCAUGUUUGAGGAUGAUAUCUUGAUUUUCUGAUUAUGACCCUUUACCUUCAACAUUGUUUUUGUGCUUUCAUUAUAUGAAAAGAGAUUUGAUUAAAAGAAAUAGUGAGCUUACACACAUCUUUACUUGAUUUAAGGAUGAAAAGAGUUGCGAGAUAUGAAGGUUAUGAUGUUAGCUUCUGAGCUUCACAGAUCAUAAUCAUAUCAGGAGGUUUUUUUUGUAAAUCUAACAUUUCUCACUGGGUUUAAAAAACAUCCCUGAGUGAUUACCAAUGAGACUUUUAAACACCACAUCAGCCUAUUUUGCGAAAUGUGGAAACCUUCAGUUCGUCUUUUUCUUUCUGUGUUAGUAAGCACGGCUUCUGUCUAGUUGUAGGUAGUGUCCAUCUUGGUUAUGUCGGGUUUGGGAUCAGGAAAUUGUAAUAUUGUUGUGGAAGAAGAACAGUUAACGAAUGUUUUAGGAAAUACAUUUAAGGAAGAAUGACUGCAUGCCUUAGCAGUCACUGAUACAACCUCAAUCAUGUUUGAGGACAAGAUGAGAUCUUGAUUUUCUAAUUAUGGCCUUUUACCUUCAACAUUGUUUUUGUACUUUCAUUAUAUGAACAGAGAUUUUAUAAAAAAAAUAUUGAGCAGUCAUAUGAUUACACACGUCUUUGUGGUUCAACAGAAUAUAGUAAAGCAAUAUUACAUUGUCACGUUAUUGCUGUUGGAGAUACAGUAAGUCUUCAAAAGCAGAACCACAUUGAUAGUACCUCAAAAUGUAUGUUUAGUAGUGCAGCAGUGACACAAACAAACCUUCAUACUGAAAAAUGAAGCGCUUCAUAUCAACCUUUACUUUACCUUGUCUGUCAAGCUUGUUGUUGUCAUACGCCGUUUGUUUACAAUGAAAAAUGGGGCAGAUAAAACCUAUUUCUUUUGUAAACAAUGGGUCUUUGAGAGCAGACAAAAGCAGGAUCUCAUUAUCUGAUAUUAGAACUGGCAGAUUUUACAGCAUUUUAUUGUAUUCCAGCUGACAGAAUCUGCUAAUAAAAAGUCUGUAUUAUGCUUAUUAGAUUUACUGUAGGCUACUAUUGCUUGUAUUAUUACGUUAUCACUUUAAACCUUAAAAGAGAAUAAGCUUUGAGUAACAGGACCGUUUGCAAUGGGUUUGGCUGGUUGCUGCAAAAGAAAAUCAAAAAAAUAUCAAAAAUGAGCCGCUAAUGUUAGCUUAAUGUUGGCUUAUUCUUAGCUUAAUCUUGGCCUAAUGUUAGCGUAACAUUAUCUUAUUCUUAGCUUAAUGUUAUCUUAUUCUCAGCUUAAUGUUAGCUUAACAUUAGUCAAAAGUUAGCUUAAUUUAUAGCUUAAUGUUAGCUUAAAGGUUGGAUUAACUUUGGUCUAAUAUUGGAUAUACCAUACAGACAUGAGUGGUAUCAAUCUUAUUAAUAAUAAAAGUCAACCUAAUUUAUAUACUGCCAAAUUAUAACUUGGGUCAACCCAUGACACUUUGAAUAUGUAUUGAUCGUACUAUUAACUAGAAUAUAUAAAAAGCAUUCAUAUUAAAUAUUGUUUAUGAAAUCUCUCAACUGCAAACUAUAUAUAUUUCUGAUUUUAUUUUGGCACCUUAUAAUGACCAUAAACAUUAUGUUUUACAACUUGCCUUAUUUCUGACUGAUAACAUUUAAAUUGCACUUUAUUUAAAGAGUGACUAUAUAAGAGAAAUACACAGUUUUAAUUAUUUUAUAGAAUAAAUAAAUAUAAAAUAGCUUGAUAUGAUUGUUAGAAUAAAAUAUAUUAGUUUAUUAUAAAUUAAAUAUCUCCUCGAACUUCAGUGUAUAUUUUACUUUUUGACGGUUUAUUCAGAUACUUUAUCAGAUCAGCUGAAGCUCAAAUUAAAUCAUUUUAUAUAAAGUGUUAAGUUCCUACACGCUGUUUGCUGCUAAUGUAUCUGCAGAGGGGAUAUGCUUCAAUGCUUAUAUUUAAAUUAAGGAUUAAAAAAUGUGUUUAGGGUUUAAUUUUGUGAUUUCUGCCUUUUAUAUGUAUUUUAUUGUGUGAAGUAAUCAUCAAAAUGUGUCCAUCCUCUUCACCUCAACAUUUAAAAUGAGAUAAGAUUUUGAAUCUUUUUUUCUGUGUGUUUGGUGUUUAUUUUCUGUCCCAUCACUUUGUUGCAUGUUAAUAACAUCUAAGGACAUUUAUACUUUAUGUAUAAUUUGAAUGUAAACAUCAAAUGAUCAUCCAUUAUGCCUGAAAGCUCCAAUUAACCAAAGAUGGAUUACAACUUCUCUAUAUAUAUAUAUUAUAUAUUGGUGAAAUCUGACAUUUUAAAAUAAUAAAGUGAGUAUUAUUCUGGUGACUGAAGGGUGAUGCAAAUCACAUAUUGUUUUUGUGUUGAAUAUACCUUUUCACGUGUUUCUGUUUACACCUUAUUCCUCAAACUACACACAUCCAAGUGAGCAAGUAACUGUUUUCUACAUUUAAACCACAAUAAAUCACAUCGUUUGAAAUGUC